UGGGACUCAUAUUCAUAUGUGUCACUGGAUGCACGUGUUGUACUGGCAGCAGGAAUUUGUUAAUUGAAUUUAUUUUCUUGAAACUUAAGAAUUGUGCAUUUAAGUUAACCUGACAGACUUUGCAUGAAAAACACUGGCCAUGUUUUUCUCCUUGAGUAAUUAUUCUGUUCAAAUAGCAUAUAUUUCUCUCCAGGCAGAGAGUGCUUGGGCUGAAUGGAUGCUGCCACUGCAUAAUGGUCCUCAGACGUUUGUUUCCUAGGCAACGUGGGGAGGGCAUGCGGAGAGGGAGGUAUAAAAACACUGGCAGCUCCUCUCUGAGUCUUACUCUGAGGUGAAUGCACUCACAGUCAACACAGGGAGCCUCGGAGAACUUGCUACACACUUUCCCUCCCAAUUGGCCAUCUCAUCUUACGGCUCGCUCGAAACACUCCUCUCCACAAUUAGCUUUUCAAAAAUGAUGCGACCAAAAGAUUUGCGCCAGGGAUCUGGCACUAAGACCUUCCUAGAUGCCAUGCAUGAUGGUAAAGUCCACCUUGCGCGCUUCAUCCUGGAUGCCUUGGAUGGACGCAUCAUCAACUCGAAGACGGAGAACAGCCGCACCCCACUCAUGUAUGCCGUCUGCCUACCAGACUCCGGGACCAGGGCCAAGUUCACCCGGCUGCUGCUGGAGAAAGGGGCGGAUGUCAACUGCCAGGACGAGGACGGCCGGACAGCCCUGAGCCAUGCCUGUGAGGUGGGUCACCUGGACGUUGUCAAACUUCUUGUGCAGUUCAGUGCUGACCCAGACAUCUCUGAUGCCUGGGGUAACAACGCACUCAUGUAUGCUGCCUUUUCUGGACACAGCCAGGUUCUGGACUUCCUGGUCAGGGCUUUCAAAAGACUGGGACUGAGGCUGGACAAGAUUAAUAAUGCCGGUCACUCGGCCAUCGAGGUUGCCAACUUCUUUGGGCACAACCAGUGCGCCCAGAUUCUGAACUUUCCGUGCAGGAGGGGUGUCGCCACAGAUGAUCCACUUGUUGAUCCAGGUGCCACCGUUGAAGGGGAGUGCCGUCUGCCCAACAAGCUCCCCAGACAUGUCCUGGAGAGAUUCUCCAGGCAUUUGCAUAACGACAACCAACUGCCCGGGCUACUUCAGAGACAGCUGAAGAUUGGAGACAGUAACGGACUGUGGAACCGCUUCAGAUGCCCCAGGAGCCAGUCUCAAGAGGACAACCACCACCACAGCUGGGCUCUGCCUCCUCAGAGUGAAAAAAGCCAGACUGAGGGAGAUCACAGCAUCCUUUUCACUGCCAAACAACUGCAAAACUGCCAGUUCAAAGAGCUAUGGGGGGCUAAAACACUGAACUCGCUCCGUAAGCCAAGCCAGAAAGAUGUCAGCCGAGACACUAGACUGCCAGAGCAAACACCACAGAGUUUUCCUCUCUGGGGAAAGGCAAAGUCUUUUAACCUGGACCUUCUGAGCAGCAGGAAGCAGUCCUAUCAGGGUGAUGUGCGUGACAUGAGCCUGUCAGCCAGCAAAUUAAAGAGAGCCUCGCUACAGGAUGAGAGAUGCCUGAUAGACAAGAUGGAAUGUCAAGGGAACACCCGGGGCAAGACAAACGAUGCUGACAAAACUGUCUCUGGGCCAAAACCUCUUUUAAACAGCAAGAGUCAGCUUGUGAGACCACUCGAAGAAAAUGUCAAAUCGCAGAACGAAGAGUCUAAUGACACAGCUCCAUCGAGCAGGCGGGAGCAGCAGAAGAGGGGAAGCUUCGGCCCGACUGCCAGACACAACAAACUACUCUUUGCCAGGGGCGAGAUGGAGUCAGGGAAGAUCCCGAGCAGCACCCCCGGGUUCGCGGGCCUGGGGACCAGACUGCUGCGUCGAUUCACCGCUCCAGAGUUCAUGAGGAUGGUCAUAGACUGCUCAUCCGGCUCCUCGAACAGCAGAGGUCGGAUGUCCCGCUCCGAAACCUUCCCUUUCUCGCACACACAUCAGCAGGUCAACAGUCAGCCGAGCGUCGACAGCAUCAGCGGAGUGAGGUGUGAGUUUGAGAGCUGCUCGUCUCGGUCUGCCCUCGAUUAGGAUAAGGACAAUGGCAAACAGCAGAAAUGGCGGAUAGCGAUGUUUUUACAGCGUUUAAAAGUCUGAUAAUGCAUUUGUAUUGCUUCGCGAUAUACUGAGAGAAAGAAUAAUCUGCUUUUGUUGCACUUUGUAUUAUUUUUUCAAUGUUUAUCAAAGAAAAAAUGGAAGUUCCACUGCUCCUUUGCAUAAAGCUGCGUACCAUAUUUGAAAAUAUUUAUAACACAAUGUCCAUCUGUGAGCUACUGAAAUACAUUUUCGUUGAACAUAUAUAUAUAUAGUAAGAUUUGUAUUACAAUAAAUGUAUUUGAUAUGGCUUCUGUGUUUAUAAGAAAAAAGAUAUACAGUGACUGUGCAUUCAUGCUAAAUACGGAAUAAAUUCACCAGCAUACUCGACCUGUAUUUCCCACGUGUACGUGUGCGAGUGAGGAACAAUUAUUAAAGGAAUUCAGCUUCA